AUGGAGCAAAGAAACGAGCCACAUAUGAUCUUUCACCUGGUGGAAAUUCUUGAGCAGAUCCUUUUGGAAACAGACGCACGAACCCUGUUGACCUCCACCCAGCUCGUAUGUUAUAAAUGGCAUGAGCUCAUCAAAAGGCCGCCCCGUAUUCAGACCACGCUGUUCUUCAACCCGUCCAAGAACCCGCAUCAGUCAAGCACCAAGAAUCCAUUUAUUAGAGAAAUUAUCGGCAAGUUCACUACCCUCACGGCGGAACCAUGCUUACUUCGUCCCGGGGCCAGCUGGCGAAGGAUGCUACCUCAGCAGCCACCCGUGUCGUUUAUCAAAAUACGUCACGCUCACUCAGAGAAUCAAGAUGAUGUGGUGGAGAUUAUGCCAGUUGAGGAAUUACGGAUGCAACAUCUUGCUGAUGCGAUGGGAUCUUAUGAGGCUAGAGUACUCUACGGGAUACGGAAGUUCUCUUCUACCCUCUUACAUCGCCCAGUAAACCCGGUAAUCUUACUUAAUGACGGGUCGGUUCUUGAUGCAAACGAAAACUAUGGGUUGUUGGUGUAUGAUCCUGUAUACAUUCCUCGUCAAUGCUCGUGGGUCGAAGGCGAGCCGACGAGUGUAGUGGACAUGAUGUUUAAUCUGCUGGAGGGGUGUCAUUCUACGGUUAAGCGUGAUCAUCGGCAGUGGUAG